UGUAGCAUUAUAAGGAUUCAAACGAUCCUUUUAGCACCAGCAGUCGUUUCACACCUCCAAGCAGAGAAAAGUGUUUUAUCAUAUAUGAAUAGCAUAGAACAAGCACUAGAUCUAAAGGUCAAAAUCAGUACACUCUUGGACCAGUCUCACACUGGUUACAUAUAUGCAUAUUCUCCAGUUCAUGAGUUAUUGACCUUGAGAAUAACAAAUCAUAGCACCAACAAGAUUGUAAAACCUGAAUCAUACAAGUUCAUUAAUACUGCAUUUAUCAAGACUAUCCAAGUCUUAGCACCAUUCCCGAAGAAAAAUGGUCCUAUAAAUCAUCAUAAUAAGCAUCAGCUGCAUUCUCCAUCUCCUCCUCCUCCACAGUCUCAACCUACUCUGUUGUCGAUCAACGAGCUUGAAACAAAGUUGAACCGGGCCGUGGCAGACUACAAGGUAAUGCUUAGCAAAUCCCACAACCCCAAGGCAUCUAGCACGGCAGUCAUGUUGUAUGAAAAGUUGUAUUUAUCCUUUGACUCGGUCACAUGGCAAAAUGAAUGUAUCAUAGUUUCCAAUCAAAUUAAAAUUUCCAGGCCAUACCUGGCAAAGUCAUGCACCAAGUUACAGACAGACUCUAAGAUACUUGACAAGGUUCAAUUGGCGAUCAAGGAAUUCUGGGAUCUGUAUGACAUCGAUAAGCAACAAUAGUACAUCUACUUCUCCACUCCUCCAAUAAAUAUAGACUUUCAUUAUAAAGAACCCUCCCAAUCAUUUGUAGUU